CCCUCCAACACUACAUUACCUCCUACCAACACCGCCCUCCUACCACCACACUACACACUCAAUUCGCCAUCUUGACUGACCCUGCUUGAUUCUUGUUGGUUUCCUCUCCGAGGUUGUUGGAACCUUAACGUGGACCUUAUUCUACCCCCCAAAUUCUUUGAUUUACACAUGGUGUUUGGUAUAUUCACAACUGAGACCAGACAGACAUCCACUGAAGAAUUGCUCUAAGGUCUUCUCCAUAUCUUGGACAAACUUAUUGAUUCUUCAAAGACUUUAUUUUGUUUUCCCUCUUGUGUGUCUCCAUCAAAGAUGGCCGCGGGGCCGUAUAACUAUUCCUACAUAUUUAAAUAUAUCAUCAUUGGUGAUAUGGGUGUAGGGAAAUCCUGCCUCUUACACCAAUUCACAGAAAAGAAAUUUAUGGCAGACUGCCCACAUACCAUUGGUGUGGAGUUUGGUACAAGAAUAAUUGAAGUUGCUGGUCAGAAAAUCAAACUUCAGAUUUGGGACACAGCUGGUCAGGAACGUUUCCGGGCGGUCACUAGAAGUUAUUAUCGUGGAGCCGCAGGGGCUCUUAUGGUCUAUGAUAUCACGAGGAGAAGUACAUACAACCAUUUAAGCAGUUGGUUAACGGAUGCCAGGAAUUUAACAAAUCCUAAUACGGUUAUAUUUUUGAUUGGCAAUAAAUCAGAUUUAGAAGGACAAAGAGAUGUUACAUAUGAAGAAGCUAAACAGUUCGCUGAAGAAAAUGGUUUAAUGUUCCUAGAAUGUAGUGCUAAAACUGGAGAAAACGUAGAGGAUGCUUUUCUGGACACAGCUAAAAAAAUUUACCAAAAUAUUCAAGAUGGAAGUCUUGACCUGAAUGCUGCCGAGUCCGGAGUACAGCACAAACCGUCAGCUCCCCGUAAUGCUCUUAAUACAGACCAAGCCCCAAGCAAAGAGGGCUGUGGUUGCUAGCCUUAACAACUAGUGUGCUAUCAACGUGGUGUGUAAUGACAUCAACAUAGAAACACUCUUCUACAACUGGACGAUGAAUGAGAACACUUAUUGAGUGUGAGUGAGGGAGAGAGAGAGAGAGAGAGAGA